AUGGCUCCCGUCCCCAGCCUCAUGAAGUCUGUCCAAAUCUCCAAGACGGGCGGCGUCGACGUCCUCGAGCUCAAAGACGACGUCCCCGUGCCGACCCUCUCCAGCGGCCAGGUCCUCGUCAAGAACGCCUAUGCCGGAGUCAACUUCAUCGACACCUACUUCCGAACCGGCCUGUACCCUGCGUCCCUCCCGCUCACGCUGGGCCGCGAGGCCGCCGGCGAGGUCGUCGCCGCUGACAGCUCCGUGGCCGCCCACGUCCCCGUCGGCACCCGCGUCGUCUACAUGGGCGAGUCCACCUACGCGCAGUACACCGCUGUCGAGGCCGCCAAGGUGGUCGCCAUCCCCGACAACGUCACCACCGCAGAUGCCGCGGCCGUCUACCUGCAGGGCCUCACCGCGUGGACCUUUAUCCGCGAGGCCGCCAACGUGCGGCCUGGACAGUGGACGCUUGUCCACGCCGCCGCCGGGGGGGUGGGCUUGCUGCUGGUCCAGAUGCUGCGCAGCGUCGGGGCAAAGGUCAUCGGCACGGCCAGCACCCAGGAGAAAUGCGACCUGGCGAGAAAGAACGGGGCCGAAUGGACCGUCAACUCCAACGAAGACGUCGUUUCCAAGGUCAAGGAAAUCACCGGCGGGCACGGUGUCGAUGCCAUUUUCGAUGGCAUUGGAGCGGCUACCUUUGAUGCCGACCUGGACAUGAUUGCUAUGAAGGGCCAUCUCCUCUCCUUUGGAAACGCUUCUGGCGCUGUUCCUCCCUUGAACAUUCUCCGGCUCGGACCCAAGAACGUCAAGCUCCUGCGUCCCGUAGUCUAUGGAUACGUGGCCGAUCGCAAGGAUCUCGAAAAGUAUGCCAGUGAGUUGUUUGAGCUUGUCAGCUCCGAAAAGGUCAACAUUGCCAUUCACAAAGUUUAUCCACUCUCCGAGGCAGCUCGCGCUCACGAGGAUAUUGAGAGCCGCAAAACGACUGGCAAGUUGCUGAUUCGCCUCGAGUGA